UUCAACUGGUGAAAAGAUCCAAGCUAUAAUUUGUGGAGCAAGCAAACCUUCAAUUACAACUCUCCAAUGGUUGUUAAUUAUAGUGUCACUCUUAUCAUGCUCAGUCUCCUCAUUCUUUCUUCACAGCAUCUGAUUAGUUGUCAACCUCCUGAAGCUUUUAUUACCAAUUCCUCCAUUUCCUGGAUCAAUAGCCUCGCCCGCUUCACAGAUGGAGUCACACUGACACCCAUCCUAUCGAGAGAAGGGAAUGAGACUGUGUUUGCCUGUGGUUUCUUAUGUGAUAACAAUGGUGCUGCUUGCGUUUUUGGCGUCCUUAUAUCCCCACAUUUCGUUAAUUCUUAUCUAUCUUACCCGAGAUUAGUAUGGUCAGCAAAUCGGAAUAAUCCGGUUAGAGCUAAUGCAACCUUGCAACUUAGGCAAGAUGGAGGCUUGUUCUUGAUAGACUCAGAUGGCACUAUGAUUUGGAGUACAAACACAAGUGGAAUUGUUGCGGGAUUCAACUUGACAGUACUGGGAAAUCUUGUCCUCUUUGACAAAAGUAACCACACUAUUUGGCAGUCUUUUGAUCAUCCAACAGACACUUUGGUUCCUGGACAAAUGAUAAAUGAGGGACAAAAGCUGAGAUCCAGUGUAUCAGCAACAAAUCGGAGUGAAGGUUUGUUCACACUUGAAGUUCAAUCAUUUGGCUUUUUCGCAUACAUUGAGUCAAAUCCACGUCAACUCUAUGCCUCAAAUCUUGACUGGGAUAGACCAUUCCAGUUUCCUAGACUACCCUUCGAUAUUUCCAAUUGGAAGUUAAUCGUAAAUUUUACAUUUUCAAAUGCUAGAUUCGUGAGGUUUGAGGAUGAUGGGCAUUUAAGGAUGUAUCACUGGAGAGGAUCUUGGUCAGAGGAGGUUGAUCUAUUGAGAGGCUACAUUGGUGAGUGUGGGUAUCCAACUAUGUGUGGCAAUUACUCUGUUUGUGCAAAUGGGCAGUGUAGUUGUCCUCAAACUGCGAUUGAUCAGACUAACUUUCUCCAGCAAAUCAAUUAUAGGCAGCCAAACCAGGGGUGUGUCCUUGUCACACCUGUCUCUUGUGAACAUUCCCAAUAUCAUAUUUUCAUGGAGCUUAAGGACAUAGCUUAUAUUCCCCGUUAUUUGCAGUAUGGUACCGACAAAACAGAUUUGGAAAAUUGCCAAAGGUCCUGCUUAAGUAACUGUUCUUGCAAAGCAGCUCAAUUUCAAUUUAGUGGUCCUGGUAACACAAUGGGUGACUGCGCAUUAUUGAAUGAUGUGUUUUCGGUCACGUACAAUUAUGGAUCACCCAAUAGGACCACUCUUUUCAUCAAGGUGCAGAGCUCUUCUAACUUACAAGCCUCUCCACCACGUAUCUCUUCAGAGAAGAAAUCAACUCGUGUCCCAACAAUAGUAGGAUCCACCAUCGGAGCUUCAUUUGGUUUGCUUCUCAUGGUUUUAACUUGCUUUGCCUAUAUUUUCAGAAGGAGAAAAGGACUCGAGGAAGACGAGGAGGAGUUCCUUGAUCAAAUACCAGGAAUGCCUACUAGAUUUUCCUAUGAGGAACUCACUGUGAUGACAGAAAAUUUCAGUGAGAAACUUGGGGAAGGGGGAUUUGGUGCUGUAUUUGAAGGAACAAUGAGUGAUGGCACCAAAAUAGCGGUGAAGCGUCUGCAAGGUUUUGGUAAUGUGAAGAAAUCAUUCUUAGCUGAGGUAGCAACAAUUGGUAGCAUUCAUCAUGUCAAUUUGGUAAAACUAGUUGGAUUUUGUGCUGAGAAAUCACACAGACUUCUGGUUUAUGAAUACAUGGCCAAUGGAUCUUUAGAUAGGUGGAUUUUUCAUGGAAAACAGGAACAAUCUCUCACAUGGGAUGUCAGGGAAAAAAUCAUUUCAGACAUCGCCAAGGGCCUAGCUUACCUACAUGAAGAUUGUAACAACAAAAUUUUUCAUUUGGACAUUAAACCUCAGAACAUUCUUCUUGAUCAGAAUCUCAAUGCAAAAGUAUCAGAUUUUGGGUUAUCAAAGCUUGUGGGUAAAGAUGAAAGUAAGAUAGUUACAACAAUGAGAGGAACACCAGGCUAUUUAGCACCUGAAUGGUUGCAUGAGGUCAUUACUGAGAAAGUGGAUGUUUAUAGCUUUGGGGUUGUGAUCUUGGAAAUCAUCUGUGGCCGGAAGAAUUUGGAUCGUCAUCAAGAUGAGGAUGAUAUGCAUUUGCUUAGUUUGUUCAUGAGAAAGUCAGUGGAGAGACAACUCUUGGAAAUGGUGGACAAGAACAGUGAAGACAUGCAGCUACAUAAAAAAGAGGCUGUGGAAAUGAUGAAGAUUGCAGCCUGGUGUUUACAAACUGAUUAUACUAAGAGGCCUUCCAUGUCGUUGGUAGUUAAGGUGUUGCAGGGUUUAGUCGCUGCUGAAACCGACUUGGAUUACAGCUUCACAUUUCCAACAAUGACGAGAAGAGUUGCCGGAGCUAUUCAAGAAAGGGAAGCUGUGGUUGGUAUCAGUUUACCACUUCCAUCACAGUUGUCAGGACCUAGGUAAAUUGCUGGUUAAGUUCCAACAGUGUGACUGCAUAAUUGCUCCUCCAUUACUUGCUUCCAUUCUGUUAUAAAUUGUAUAAUUUAUCAUCAAAAUUGAAUAGCUAAUGAGUCAAAACCAUAUGUCCAUACCUUUGAGUUAUCACUUAUUAUUUGCUGCAAGAAGCCAUUUUGUGUCUUUCAUAAUUCCUUAUUAUAUCGAAACUAUUUAAGAA